ACCGUCGAAGAGAGUACAGUGAACAAGGUAUGUACCUCUCUCUGGAUGCCCGAUUGCCCUUAGGAGGGUGAAAUUGGAAAAAUGAGGAACGGACGAGGGUUAAAUUGACCCGUGUGUGUUUGUGUGUUGGCGGGGAGGGGGCUGAUUUCCGCUGGCAGAUGCGGCAGAUGCGGAUCACCACCGGCGAAAUUUCGAUCGAAUCGACCAGGGAAACAAGAUUGGCCCGUUCACUGGCGUAACGCCGGUGGUGUCCAGAGAGUCUGGCGUACGUCGACAGGGCCGUAGAAUUCUAGAAGGGGGUCAUCAUACGAGGCCGGCUCCGGCGAACGCACCGAGCCAGGACAGUAUACGAACGUCAUUCGGCGCGGACUGUUGCGGCGAAAGGCGCGCGGCGUUCCCUAUCGAGAGAAACGGAGAGAAGGAGCAAAAGCGAACGAGAGGAAGAGAGAAAGAGACGGCGAAGGAGCGAACGGUACCGCAAUUUCAAAUCGGAGCCAGUUCUCUAUAUACCAAUUAACGAAUAAAAACCGGCCACGGUGCGCGACUGUUUACCAUACACCUGUACGAUCCGUUAUCGACGGUACAGUGCAAGGAACCGAGGCAUUGUGAAACAGAAACAACUGUUCGCCGGAAGUGCGAGGAUUUAAUUUAACGGCGCGUUUCGCGUGUGGAUUACAGCCAUCGAGAUCUAGAGGCCGAUUCAAAAAUCACUUGAUGCGCUGAGGAUGCGCCGUGAUUUCUGCAACGGUGGGCUUGCCUGCGCCGUUGUGUGGGUGUCAUCGACCUGGCUGCUACUGUCUCUGUCGUCAUCGGUCACAGCAGAGCCAGCAUUAAAGUCAGUAGGUCGAUGCCCAUCCUUCGAGGAGCAGAACGUGUGUCCGGCCAGGUCUCCAGCCUGCAAGAAUGAUUUCCAGUGUCAGGCGUCCGGGGAGCGAUGUUGCAAGACAGCGUGCGGUCUCAGAUGCGUCGUCGGCGAGCUGACAGGAUGCGAGCAGUUGGCGCAGGCUGCGGUGAGGAGGUCGCGUGCACUCGGCCCACGUGGACCGUCGCAAUUCAUUCCACGUUGCAACAACGAAACCGGCGAAUUUGAAAGAAUACAAUGCGACCCCCGCGAGAACAGCUGCUGGUGCGUCGACGAGAUCGGCGUCGAGCUGCCAGGGACCAGAGGAUCGUCGAAGGACGUCAUCGACUGCGACCAUCCUCGCGACUGUCCGGCGCACAGCUGUCGCAUGCUGUGUCCGUUGGGCUUCGAGAUCGAGCCCAAGUCGGGCUGCCCUAAAUGCGAGUGCCGUGACCCCUGCCGAGGGAUCACCUGUCCCGGGGCCAGCCAGACAUGCGAGCUGAUCGACGCGACGUGUGCCCGUCCACCUUGCCCGCCGAUCCCCAGCUGUCGCAAAGCGAAGUCCCUGUCGACGAUCUGUCCUGCAGGCGAGCCGUUGCAAAUCACCGACUCGCCACGGCCGUUCCUCUGCGGCGACUCGCCUGGCAAGCCUAGCUGCCCGCCGAUGUACAGCUGCCUGGUCGAGCCGAAGCAGGAAUACGGGGUCUGUUGUCCGUCCAGCAUAAAUCUGAAGAGACCGGGAACCUGUCCCGUCGAGGAGCCCGCGAUCUGCGGUAACUCCUGCCAGCAUGAUUUAGAAUGUCCCGGCCCGCAGAAGUGUUGCAACAGCGAGCGCUGCGGCGGCGGCGUUUGCACGGUUCCUCAGGGUCUCAGCGCCUGCCAUCGGGACCGGGUGCUCGCCGAGAUGCUCAGCAUCUCCGAGCGGCAAGGACGAGGAUAUGUUCCGCAGUGCAGCGACGAUGGAGGCUAUGAGUCGAGACAAUGCUCGAGGAACGGUUUAGUCUGUUGGUGUGUGGAUAAUAAUGGCAGGAAGAUAUCUGGCUCUAUGGGACCGGCCGAGAAAGUCGAUUGCAAGUCGAUAACGAAGGGAAGGUCUCUUCCGGCAUCGUGCGUUUCCCAGCAGUGUGCCCAAGUUUGCCAAUACGGGUUCAAGACCGACGCCUCCGGGUGCCCUACUUGCGAAUGCGACAAUCCCUGCGAAGGGUUUCCCUGUCCAGAGAAAGAGGAAUGCGUGUUGAGUAAAGAAGACGGCUGUCCGGAUUUUCUCUGUCCAACGAAACCAGAAUGCAAGCCCAAGAAAGCCUACAAGAGUCCUUGCGCUUACGGGACCCCAUUGAUCGACAAUGAACGAAACGCGGUCACUUGUUCCGAGAACGAUACCUGUCCACAGGGUUACAAGUGUUCUGCCGUACCGGAGGCUGGCCAGUCAGUGUGCUGCAUGGCGUUGACGAACUCGACGAAACCGCAGACUAUGUGCGAGUACUUGCGAGAAUUCAAUGACCGCAUGGAGGGCACCAGGGAGGACAUGUCCUUAGCGAUCCAAGCACCUCAAUGCGAGAAGGACGGCAGCUACAAGCCUCUGCAGUGCCACAACGACACCUGUACCUGCGUGAACGACCAUGGAGUGACCUUGAAAACCGGCGUGAAUCGCAGUGCCGAUUGCAACGAGAUGAAGGAUCUUCUGAAACUCUGCGGAUCACUGACCUGCGACCUGGUCUGUCCCUACGGGUACGAGGUAGACGCGACCGGAUGCGAUCAGUGUCGUUGUCACGAUCCUUGCAACGACGUGGCCUGUGCUCCUCACGAGACCUGUACGAUGGUAGACGUAAACUGCGGUUUUGGGCAGUACUGUCCAGCGGUGCCAGCAUGUCUAGCCAUGAAACCAGGCCAGUGUCCCUACUUGGUGCCCAGCUCGUCCAGCUGCGAGCUGCAAUGCAGCAACGAUCAAGAAUGCUCCGCGUCGGAGAAGUGUUGCUCGACGGGUUGCGGGACACAGUGCGUGGCUCCUGUAAUGGCCACCGCUUGUCAGCACGCGCGAGCUGUCGCGGAACACGCUGCCAGAGAGUCCGGCGAGCCUGCCAGAAGGAUUUACAUUCCCAGAUGCGACGCUGGCGGAGCAUUCGAGCCGGUCCAGUGUCACAACGGGAUGUGCUGGUGCGUGGACGAGGAAGGCAGAGAAGCUGCGGGCACCCGUGUCCUCGAGGGCGUGAUACCGAAGUGCAGCACGCCGCUCAGGUGUCCAGAAAUCGACUGCAAGCUGGACUGUCCCGAAGGAUUCGAGCUGGACCCCGACAGCGGAUGUCCCACGUGCUCGUGUCGGGAUCCUUGCAGAAGCGUGACCUGCAGAGGGGAGAACGAAGCGUGCAGAAUGGUGGAGGUGGCUUGCAGCGUGCCGCCUUGCCCCCCUGUCCCCGUGUGUCUGCCGAAGAAAGAUAACCCUUGCCCGAACGGCUCUCCGCUCUUGGACCAAGACGGUUCUCCAGCGACUUGCGGCCCCCAUGGGCAUCACUGUCCAUCGACCCACAAGUGCGAACUGUCUCCGCUGGACGAGUACGCUGUCUGUUGCCCGAAGCCUCGGGAGGUCUGCUUCGAGCCUCCCAGGAAGGUGGUCUGCAACCCCGGCAUGGGUUUCAACGAGACGGAUAGAUGGUACUUCGACCCGGAGCGGAAUGAAUGCAGGCGGAAGACCGAGUGCACCCUGGGGCACAACGACUUCUCCAGUCGGCUGGUCUGCGACACGGUGUGCCCGGUGUUGUCGCAAUGCGAGAGACUGCGCGAGAAAAACUUGAAAACGUCUCAAAGGCUGAAGCAGCCCACGUUCCUGCCCAGAUGCGACCCAGAAACCGGAAUGUGGGAGCCGGUGCAGUGCCUCGAGCAUGUCGGCGUCUGCUGGUGUGUCAAUAGAAAGGGUCAACCCGUGAAGGGAUCCCUUACCAGGGGACCAGAGCCCAAGUGUAACUUUAGGCAAGCGAGGAGAGGAGGUAGGGGGCCGGCGGUACAAGAAAUCGACCGUGAAAUUCAGGCGUUCAUGGAGAACGCUUUGAUCAACUUGGAGACCGACGAGAAGCAGAUCGGGAAGGUAUUGGGUACUAGGUGUCAGGCGAUGAAGGACAAAGGCCACGUUCCGGCUAUCUGCGACCGUCAGGGAAGAUUCGAGCCGACCCAGUGCGCUGGCGACACAUGCUGGUGCGUCGACGAGGCAGGCAAUCAGCUCAUUGGCUCCGAGCCUUUCCUCAAGGGAACCAAUAUUUGCUUGCCGACUCCGGUGGAAGCUGUCGAAGUGACCCUGCGUUUUCCCGGUCGGUUUCUGGCGAGCGACGAAGCUACCUUCGUCAGACAAACGGAGAACUUCCUGCGCGAUUUAGGAGCCAGACUAAGGAACGACGUUCGAGUGGAGAUCAAUCAAGACUCGGCUAUACUUAGCUUCGAAAUAAUAGGCCCCAAUAAAGUUGACAUAGCGUUCCACCUGGAGGAAUUAACCCGAAUACAGAAGUUGUCCAUGCUUGGAUCGUUCGCGGACGCGACCACGUCACGCUUUACGCACAGAGCGACGCCCAUGGCUAUGCAGAGCCGAAUUGUCGCACUUGAGCAACGGGAAAUCCUGACGGAAGUGGAAACACCCGUUUAUCAGACAGCCACUCUGGUUUUAGCGGCGGGAAGCGCUUUCAUAAUCAGCAGCCUAUUAAUUCUGCUGAUGUUAUACCGCAAGAAAAUCAAAAUGAAGGAUCCAACGAAAUUACUAGCGGCGGACCAGCAUUUCCUUGCGUACCAGCAACCAGUGUAUGUGAUAUCGGGGGUGGAUCAGGAGGACAAGAAGAAGGAAGCCGCCGAGAUGCAGGAGAGUACGUCCACGACGGACGUGAUCGGUGCAUAGGAACGAUUUGCAGCGGGAUCGUCCACGCGCGAAUCGUUCUCACCUCGUAUCCAAAUAUAGUCACAAUUAGACUGCGGAUGUUUAUGCGAACUCAUGCCUCGUCGCAGGAAUUGAUUUCAUCUGCCGAAAAUAUUCAUCGAUCAACGAUAAAAGCGGGAGGUUUAAAUUCAACUGACAAAUAUUACAGUCGGACAAAAAGGCAAUAUUUUGCUCACGAGAUGAUCUGAUUCGUUCGAAAUGUUUCUCUCAUCUUGGACAGCUCGCGGAGCCGUAUUUAUUGCGCAUUCUCCAUAAACGUCUGCAGUCUAGUCAUAAUCGCAGUCAACGACUGCAUAAUCCGUCUCCCUUUUUUCGACAAAAUAUUUAUUCUUUGAUUACGAGAUGCAUCGCGAUUGCUCGAAUCGACGGUCGACCGAAUGGUUCGCAAGUGGUAUGUACCUCCUUCCGUAAGACAAGGAGAAAAAGAAAGGACGGGUUCCGGGGAUCCGUAGAAUCCACGGAAUAGGAUGUACGUUACUUGCGAUACUUCAAGGAAGGGAGAGGGGAAGGGCAGUCUCAGUAAACGUACAAGGAUUCGGUCGAUCGCCGAGAAUGUAGUUCUUUAUUUAGAACGGUCAGAUUUUCUCGCGGGUUUCUCGGUUUCCGUCUCUACGUCGGAACCGCCAACGCAAAAAUGUCCUGGCCCGGUGGUUUAAUGCGAGGAUGUCAUUGCGUUGUUCGUAUCGUGGGUGUAAAUACUAGAUUCAUACUAUGUUCGUUUAUUUAUAUAGCUCAAUAAAGACGAGAAAUUCCUCUA